CAAAAAGGCAGCAGAUAUCUGUGGAGAGAAGACUGACGAAGAACAAGACGAAAUAGUUAUUCUGUGGAGGGAGAGACUGAACGUGUUGAGCAUCGAAUAUCAAGGAUGUUUGUUCUCAUCUGGUCAACUCUGUUUUUCUCCGUAAGAGGCAGCAAUGCUGACAAAGCUGCCUCAGCCUGGGGACGACAACUCUGCAGAGACAAAGGAUACUGUGUUACUCUGAGUGAGCGAAAACUAACAGCAAAGGCUGGACUCUGUGUUGUGAUUCCGUGUUCUUUCACUACUGCUGUUGACUUUACACCCAAACAUAUAAUUUGGUACAAAUGUGAAAGACCUAAAAAUUGUAGUGGUGCUCCCAUAAUAUUUCACAGUAACAACAAAAAUUCUCAGCCUGAGUUUGAAGGACGAGUGUCACGUUUGGAGCCUGAUGUGAGUCGAAAGAACUGCAGCAUCAUCAUUAAUGAUCUCAAAGAGUCUGAUUCUGGAUUUUAUCAGCUCAGAGUUACUGGUGUACGGAAUGGACAACAAGAUGGAUUCACAUUCAAUCAGAGAGUGAAUAUCUCUGUUAAAGGUCUUAAUCAGAAGCCCACAGUAAUGAUUCCCACACUGACAGAGGGACAACAGGCCACACUGACCUGCACUGCUCCUGGUCUCUGCUCUGGAUCUGUUCCUCAAAUCACCUGGACAUGGAGAGGAGCAGGAGGGACUGAAUCUUACAUUACAGGAAACAGCACUGCUUUCAAGACAGAGAAUCUGACUAAUGUAACAUGGAGACAUGUGUCAACUUUGACCUUUAACCCUUCAGCUGAACACCACAACACCAAUGUCACCUGUAAAAUCCGUUUCACAGGUGAAACGACUACAGAAAAGACUUCAGGUUUGAAUGUAAACUAUAAAAGGAAACCUCAGAUCAUCGGGAAUACAACAGUCAGGGAAGGAGAUGUUCUGAAUUUGACCUGCAGUGUUGAAAGUUUCCCUCCAUCUCUGGUUAUGUGGUCUAAACCUACUUCUAACCCAAGCCUACACAAUGGAACUUACACUGACCUGCACAAUGACACUGGAUCAGCUACAGUUGUUAUCGCAAAUGUGACAACAGAACAGUCUGGACAGUACAUCUGUACAGCAACACAUCUGGACACAACUGUGACUUCUUAUGUCAAUGUGACUGUGACUUAUACAAGAAAACCUCAGAUCAUUGGAAACACAACUGUGAAGGAGGGAGAUGUCCUGAAUCUGACCUGCAGUGUUGAAAGUGUCCCUCCAUCCCUGGUUAUGUGGUCUAAACUUGGUUCCAACACAAACCUGCACAAUGACACUGGAUCAGCUACAUUUAUCAUCUCAAAUGCAACAGCAGAACAUUCUGGACAGUACAUCUGUACAACUAACUAUAUGGACUAUGCCCUGAAGGACAAAGUCAAUGUAACAGUGAUUUAUAAAAGGAAACCUCAGAUCAUCGGGAAUACAACAGUCAAGGAGGGAGAUAUUCUGAAUUUGACCUGCAGUGUUGAAAGUUUCCCUCCAUCACUUAUUAUGUGGAAAAAACUUAAUUCCACCACUAUUCUUCAGAAUGGAACUUACACUGUCCUGACCAGUGACACUGGAUCAGCUACACUUGUCAUCCAGAAUGUGACAGCAGAACAUUCUGGACAGUACAUCUGUACAGCAACACAUCUGGACACAACUAUGACUUCUUACGUCAAUGUGGCUGUAACUUAUACAAGAAAACCUCAGAUCACUGGGAACACAACUAUCAAGGAGGGAGACGAUGUGAAUCUGACCUGCAGUAUUGAAAGUUUCCCUCCAUCUCUCAUUAAAUGGUCUAAAUUGACUUCUGUCACAAACCUGCACAACGACACUGGAUCAGCUACACUUGUCAUCCCUAAUGCAACAGCAGAAGAGUAUGGACAGUACAUCUGUACAGCUAAAUAUAUGAGUAACACUCUAAAGGAGAAAGUCAAUCUAACAGUGAUAUAUAAAAGAAAACCUCAGAUUAUCGGGACUACAACUGUUAAGAAGGGAGAUGUUCUGAAUUUGACCUGCAGUGCUGAAAGCUUCCCUCCAGCUCUCAUCAUGUGGAAAAAAAGUAGCUCCAACACAAACCUUCUGAGUGGAAAUUACACUGACCUGCACAAUGGCACUGGAUCAGCUACACUUGUCAUUCAUAAUGUGACAGCAGAAUAUUCUGGACAAUAUGUCUGCACAGCUAAAUAUCUGGACACAGCCAUUACUAUACAUGCCAGUGUGACCGUGACUUGGUUUUCAGAGACCCAGGAUGGCUCUGGAUGUGUGCUUCAGUCAGAGGUUUUGACCUGUGUGUGUAUCAGUGAAGGGUUUCCUUUACCUACCAUCAAAUGGCCGCUCCUAAAGAACCACACUGAGUACUCUGUCAUUACUACGGUCUCUAAACACACAGUCAACAGCACUGUCAGUGUAACUGUAAACAAACAUAGCAACAGCACUGUUGAAUGUGUGAGUAACAAUGGAAAUGGAGAGAAUAGAGAAAACCUACUGAUCCACCAAAUCUUGCCUGAAAAAUAUGAGCAAUCAUCUGAUCUCAGGCUGGCAUACCUGAAAGUCACCAUUGCCUUUUUGACUGGGGUACUUUUUUCAGCAGUCCCUUGCUGUUUGGCCAAACAUUGUUACAGAAACAAACAAAAGACUUCCAGAAGUUUGGAGAUGAGGACACAUCAAGAUGAUAAACUGGUCUAUGAUGGUCAAGCAUUACAGGACAAUCUGACUCUUAACUCAAACAGCGGGCCAAAAGAAGUGGAGUAUGCUGACAUUGAUUUUUCCUUGUUGAAAAGAAAUGGUGCCAGAGAGGCAGCAAGGAGGCAAGAGAGCACAAAGACAAUAUAUGCUGAAAUUAAGAAAGCAGUCGAAGAACGGGAAGAUGAUGCUGAAGAGGAAGGUGAAAUGCUGGAGGUCAAAGAGGGGGAGAUGGUAGUGGAGAUGGAGAUGAAAUACCGUGAGCCAGAAAAGGAGAUAGAAAUGGGAAAGGAGAGAGUGUACUCCACUGUGAAUGAUGUUACUGAUGAAAUUUGAGGAAUGUUUUAUUGUGGAGUUGAUUGGGAUAAAGAAUCUCUCAUCACAUGUUAUGAACAUCACGCCUUUACAUACAACAGCAGGAACUAUGCAAACUUACCGAAGUAUGUGUGUGUGUAUAAAAUAACCUUUCUACAUAUAACCAUUUAACCUAAGAACCGUAUGGUUCUGGUACAUAAAGAUUGCACAGUUAUUGCUGUUAACAGUAGAGAUAUUGCACAACAAAAUAGGAACAAAAAAAGCUUAAAUAUGCAGAAGUGUUCGCAGACAAGCUGUAUGCAGAUGAAAUGACGAAAUGCCAAAAGAGGGAAAGUUUCUUUUCUUUUCUUCUUUAAGCUCAUUAAUGCAUUUGAUCUUUCUUAGGGAACAUCCUUCUUUAUUUAUAUUACUGUUUACUAAUAUAUGCACAUAUGAACCAGUAGGAAAGCAAUGAAUUAAUGGCAAUACAAUGGGCCAGUACGCGCUGAAUGCUGUUGAAGUGAUGUGAAGAUAAAUGGUGUGUAUAUGUUAUGUUUUCUAUCUGAUAUUGUAGGCUCUUUAUUUGACAGUGGAAAGACUGUUGAAGUGAUUGAAAUACAAUAAAACUGAAAUUAAUGUAUAAAUUGU